UUCAAAAAGGUUUGUGAACUGAGCCUUGCAGAAGGCUGUUCAUUUCAUUUUUGGAAUUUGCAAAUUGCAAAAAUUAUACUUGUAUAAUACCGUUUAACAGACAAACAAAAAUUAAUUAAUACCAUUUCCGUACUCCGAUUGCGUUGGGAGGUGUUAUGGUGCAUUUUGCGCUGCACCUGAGACUCCCUUCCACUUUUCUCUCAGUUUGUCCGAGAAAUUUUCGACCCCUAACAUCCCGUUUUUUCCAUUCGUCAACGAUGCCGACAAUUCCAGGGCGCAAAGGGAGCUCCGAUCAGGCCCAGUGCCAAUACGAUCUGGUUGUUCUAGGCGGCGGAUCAGGUGGCAUUGCUACGGCUCGAAAGGCAGCUAGCUUGGGAGCUAAAGUCGCCCUCGUGGAGUCGAAGGAAGGACGCCUAGGAGGAACUUGUGUGAAUGUGGGAUGUGUACCGAAGAAAAUCACGUGGAACGCUUCUAGUUUGGCAGCCAAUAUUGAGCAUGAUUUGAAGGAUUAUGGUUUUGACAUUGAGUACAAGGGUUUUGACUGGAAGAAAUUUAAAUCCAAACGGGACGCUUACGUGAAACGACUGAACGGGAUAUACGAAGCAAAUCUGAAAAAGGAUGGAAUUGAACUAGUGAACGGAGUGGGGCGAUUCGAUGAUAAUGGGGUCUUGCAAGUUGCUGAGCGGAAAUUGUUGGCCAAACACUAUCUGAUUGCUGCCGGUGGGCGCCCAAAAUGGCCUGAAAUUCCAGGAGCGGAACUUGGGAUUGACAGUGAUGGAUUCUUCGAGCUGGAAGCAUUGCCAAAAAAAGUCGCCGUUGUUGGAGGAGGAUAUAUUGGGGUGGAAAUUUGCGGCAUGUUUCGGUCUUUUGGAUGUCAGGCUCAGAUGUUCAUCAAAGAAGAACGACUGCUAUAUCAUUUUGAAAGGAUGAUUGGCAGUGCUAUUGAAGAAGAAUUCAGCCACCAGGGAAUCAAAAUUCAUAAAAAAUUUCAGGCUAGCGCUCUGAAGCGCGAAUCCGACGGAAGUUUGACAUUGACAUCGGGUGAAAAACAUUAUAAAGGCUUUGACUGUGUAUUAUGGGCGAUUGGGCGGACUGCCAACAGCGAUACCAUCGGACUGGAAAAACUGGGUAUAAAGAUGAAUGAACGUGGCCGCAUUCAAGUGGAUAAAUAUCAGAAGACGACUAUGGAUAACGUUUACGCUAUUGGCGAUAUUACCGGACAGAAAGAAUUAACGCCGGUAGCUAUCGCAGCUGGGCGUCGUUUGGCGGAAAAGCUAUUUGGAAAGGACACUUCGGCACAUUUAUCGUACGAAAACAUUCCUAGUGUGAUAUUCUCCCAUCCUCCAUGUGGAUCGGUGGGGUUGUCAGAAGAGGAGGCUCAGAAGAAAUACGGAAACGAUCAUAUCAAAAUCUAUGAGACAUCCUAUACGCCCAUGUAUCACGCAUUAACGGAAUAUAAAAAUAAAUGUAUCGUCAAAAUGAUUUGUACCGGUGCAGAUGAGAAGAUUGUUGGGCUUCACCUCGUGGGAAUUGGAAGCGAUGAAAUGAUGCAGGGUUUCGCUGUGGCAAUCAAUAUGGGCGUUACUAAGAAGCAAUUUGGUCUGACAGUUCCUAUCCACCCGACAUCGUCUGAGGAGGUGGUUAUUUUGGCUGCGAAAUGAUCCCGUUCCACCCACUGUUAUUUGUUGUUAGAUUAAUAUAUUGAAACGCUUUUUUAGCACUUAUUCUUCUUUCUUUCAACAAAAAUUUAUGCGAAAAAAAACAAUGUUCAGGCUGUAAGGGGUGGUACAGUACUUACAUUCUGAUAAGAAUUUGCGAAACGCGGUCCCAUUAUAUUGUAUUCGCUUCGUGAGCGGUCUUACUGGCAAAGUUAAAUAUCAAGACCGGGUAGUCUUGACACGCACACUGCACGACUUCGGAAUAAUCAUGUGGGGCUAAGAAGUAUUUUUAUAAUGAUAAUGCUUCGCAUUUUAAGAAGUAAGCAAAAUAU